AUGGAAGAGAACCCAUCUCAAGAGAGCCCAAGUCCUCGGCCCUCAACCGAAGAGGGAGAGCGACCACCUCUACCACCCAGACCCAGCCAAAUAAACUUCAUGCAGUCAACCUCGUCAUCGAGCGAUGCUUCUCGUCCUCCUACACGAGCAGGCCUUGUGGCAGGAGCCACGACCGCAGUGUCCAUGGCCGACGUCAACAGCUUCAACCGACCUGACGGAUCGCAGGAGUUGCGCGUCACACCGUCUCGUGUUUCUUCGAGCCCCUCGAUUCGAGCAGUCGCCAGUAACAAAACAAGUGAGAUUGGGGAGGACAACUCCAGCAUCAGAAGCUACGCGCCUUUCGGCCGCUACACGCAGGACACGGAGAGCAUCUUUGACGGCGAGGUACAAGAGGAACAUGGGCUCUCGUCGUCAUUCGGCGAUGGAAUGUUUGAAGACGAUACAGACAACUUCGACGAUGAACAAGAUGUGGAUUUCGAAAAAGAGUUUGACGACCCUGACGACAAGAUUGUAGGAGAGGAGCUGGCUCAAAGCAUUUGGAAGUCCAAGCGAAAGCACUUUAUCAUACUGUCUGCCGCAGGCAAGCCGAUAUACACCAGACAUGGUUCGGACGCCGUCAUCUCCUCUUAUGUUGGCAUCAUCCAGACAAUCAUCUCCUCGUACCUUGAAUGGGGUGAUCAAUUGAGGAGUUUCCGUGCCGACGGAGUGCUGUUCACCAUCCUCUCCCAGUCGAAUCUGUUCCUCGUCGGCAUCACGAGCCUUCCGGAAAGUGAGGCUCAGCUCCGCGUCCAACUGGAAGCGUUGUACAUGCAGAUCUUGUCGACUCUCACCUUACCAACCUUGACGCAUAUAUUCUCGGUAAGGCCUUCAUCCGACCUCAGACGACCGUUGCAAGGUACAGAAGUGUUGUUGUCGUCGCUGGCCGAUACUUUCACGAAAGGGUCGCCCUCAGCGUUGCUGUCGGCUCUGGAGUGCUUGAAGAUCAGAAAGUCGCAUCGAAACGUAAUCAACAACACCAUGAUCAGAGCGCGUGUGGACGAUCUACUAUAUGGUCUUGUCGUUGCAGGAGGAAGGCUCGUCAGUGUCAUCAGACCCAAGAAGCACUCUCUGCAUCCAAGCGACCUCCAAUUGAUUUUCAAUAUGAUCUUCGAAGCCGAAGGAAUCAAAGCCGGUGGUGGCGAUUCCUGGGUCCCUAUCUGCCUCCCAGGCUUCAACAACACCGGCUACCUGUACAUGUACGUAAGCUUUCUCGACAUGCGCGGCGACCAGGCCCGCGAAAUGGCGGCAAACGAGCGCAUAGCCAAGGAAGAUUCGGUGGCCAUCAUCCUUCUGAGCGCAAACAAGGAGAGUUUCGAGGACCUGCACAGCAUGAAGAACUAUCUCGUGCACGAGUUUCGACGGAACCAGAGCAUGCAUAUCAUCCAUAUGGCAGUUCAAGCCGGUCGGCCCGCGCCCACCGACAUUAUUGCCGGUACUGUGCUACGCCAUUUCCUCUACAAGUCCAAGGGCAAUGUUCAGUUCUUCAUGCCGUCGUACUCGCCGAACUUCGAAACCCUUAGGCAGCGCAGGCGACUGAUGUCGUUGUACCACAACCUCCAUGCCAGCGUGCACGCCAAACAUGCCGCCGUCAAGGUUCAUCACAGCGUCAGCACGUCGGCCACUGCACUGGCCUGGGUCACUCCCAUGUUUGAGCUCUACUGCGUUGCUAGCCCCUCUACUUCCAGGAAUGCUCUGGCCCAGAGUGCAAAUAAAGUCUUGCAAUGGGUGCAGAGGGAAGAAGAGCGGAUUUUCAUCAUCGGCGGAGCGGUAUUCUGA